UGGGUUAGUUGUGAGUCUAAUGUUGAAAUAGAAGAACUAUAAGUGUGAUUGUGUAUGUUUGUUCAUUCAAAAGAACACAAGCAUCUGUUACAAUUGUUUCAGUUUGUCAGAUUGUGAGUAUUAGCAAAAUAAGUCAUAGUGAUGAAUCUCUUUGCCGUUAUCUUUGUAUUAAAUGCAGCCUGCAGGUUAGUAUCAAGUCAGCGGUGCCCUACUUGGUUUAUUCUUGAGUCAAACAAAUGCGUGUGUGGUGUUACAAAACGUUUUGCUAUGGAUUGCUCACAGCUGCUCAACACGACUGCAAUACAAACUGGCUACUGUCUUACGUUAGAUAAUGCAACAAAUGAGGAGCUGUUUGGAGCAUGUCCGUACAACUCAAACAAUUCAUUACUCACUUUCCUCAAUGUGCCCGAGGAUGUGCUGCAACUGGACGAGGUAAUGUGUGCACCUCUGAAUCGAACUGGAGUCAUGUGCAGUGAGUGUAAGCCUGGGUUAGGAUUGGCUCUGUUCUCCAAAUUUAGAGAAUGUAAGAAAUGUCUGAGUAGCUGGUUGGGCUGGAUUGUGUUGUUAGUACGAUUUUUUCUUCCCUCCACCUUGUUCUGUGUGCUUAUUAUCAUUCUUCAAAUUAAUAUAGGUUCUCCAGCUUUGAAUCUGUUUGUGUUAGCUGCUCAGCUAGUAGACAAUUUGCUGAACAAUAAUCCAUUUAUUCUCAAUAGACAUGUACUAUCUAAAGGGUACACAGGAGAACAGUUUGUAGCUGAUAUUUACGGCCUAUUUUCUUUGGAUUUUUUUAAUUUCGCUAUCCCAUCCUUUUGUAUACAAGACUUAGAGAAAGUGAGCAUGUUAACUCUAGUAGCUUUUAGCUACGUUGAAGCUCUCUAUCCAAUCAUCUUCACUGUCCUCAUAUAUAUAUGUAUCACUCUUCAUGAUAAUGGAUACCGAAUUGUUGUUAUUUGCUGGAGGCCGUUUCGCAAGUGCCUUAUGAAAUGUCGGCGACGUUGGAACUUGAAAGGUUCUGUGAUCAAUGCAUUUGCAACAUUCUUGAUACUCUCUUACAACAAAGUCUGUACAACAUCAUUGCCUCUAAUGCAGCCGGUUAAAGUUUGGGAUAAAUACGGAAAUUUCUCUUGGCGAAUAUAUUUUGAUGCACAGCACUCGGUUGAUUCGCGUGAGUACAUUGUGUCUGCAUCUUCGGCCUCUACCAUCACCAUGGUUGCGGUCAUUCUGCCAGCUCUGUUCAUUCUUGUGUAUCAGAAUAAAGCAUUUCGAAAGUGUUUUCCCAUUUGCAGGAUAAAAAGUGUUUUACUUCACGAGGUGGCAAAGCUCCUCCAAAAUGGGUUUAAGGAUGGAUCUUCACAAGGCACACGAGACUACAGAUGGUUUGCUGGAUUCUAUCUAUUGCUGCGAGUUCCUUUAGUGUUCCUACUAGGUCAAGAAUACCAUUUGGCUAUGUAUGUGACCAUAUUCAGUAUCCUUUCUGUACUGGUUGCUACCCUACGUCCAUAUAAGGUGAACCGAUACAAUGUUGUUGAUUCGAUGAUCUGGUUGUUUUCUUCUAUCGUUGUUACAUGGUACACUUAUUUAAAAGUGAAAGGUGUUCAUUGGAAUGGAGCAAUUUACAUGGUGGGUUUAAGCUUUCCAAUUGCAUACAUUUUGUGUAAUAUUUGUUUAGCCGGUGUAUCUUUCAUCAUCAAGUGGAAACGAUCACAAAAUGCUGAGCGAGCUGCUUUGAUUUCACCAAUCAGCACGGAGGCUGACACUCUUCCUGAUCGGCUGGUCAAUCCGACAAGAUACAAGUUAUGAGUCCCCAGUAUGCCAACUACAACAUAUAAUUAAUCAAUGAACCAGAUAUAUAAUUAGUAUAAUAGUACAAAUUGUUUUGGGUUUAUAAUUAUUAAGGGCUAUUGUAAUGCAAUAUUGAUCAGUGUGAAAUGAUGUAGUAAUCUACAUAAUACAUACAUACAUACAUUUAUAUUGAGGGCUAUGUAUUUCAUAAUUAUCUUCUGCAGAUCCCUCACUUAUCACUGGUUGGGCGGAGUCCAACACUAUGCAGAGGGUUGGACUCCGCCCAACUAAUCCAUCACAAGAAUUUUCUAAUCGUUGUGCUCACAAAGUAUCAAUCAAUCACUUAUUACAUUGCCUA